AUUUCAUUGAAAACAUUCAUUUUAUUUUUAGAGGAAAAAAAAAACAAAACAAACAUAGAAACGAAGAAGUUCGUAACCCUAAUUCUACCAAUUCAAUCCAUAGAAUUUGCUGCGAUUACAAGAGAAAUUCCAUCUAUUUCUACUAAUUACAGACUACAGAUUUCAUUUCUAUCUCAAAGAAGUUCGAUAUCCAGCCUCAAUUCAAGUUACUUCUCGAGUAAAGAAAUUCAAGGAUUUUUUUCGACGAUUUCAAAAAAUUGAAGGUUUGUUGCAGAAUCAUUUUACUAUACAUUUGUUUGUAGAUAAAUGUCGAAUCUGGGAGGUGGUGCCGAGGCACACGCCCGAUUUAAGCAGUAUGAGUAUCGGGCGAAUUCGAGUUUGGUGCUGACCACAGACUCACGGCCAAGGGAUACCCAUGAGCCUACUGGCGAGCCGGAGUCUCUGUAUGGUAAGAUUGAUCCGAAAUCGUUUGGGGAUCGGGCUGCCAGGGGAAGACCUCCUGAGCUUGAUGAAAAGCUGAGAAAAUCUUCAAAGAAGAAGAAGGAAAGGGAGCUGCUCGCGGAGCAGGGGCCUUCUCGACAGAGCAAGAGACGCCGUCUUCAGGAGGAGAGUGUUCUGAAUGUCGCUGAAGAAGGUGUUUACCAGCCGAAAACUAAGGAAACACGGGCUGCUUAUGAGACUAUGCUCAGUAUCAUCCAGCAGCAGCUAGGAGGGCAGCCACUUAAUAUUGUUAGUGCUGCAGCUGAUGAGAUUUUGGCUGUGUUGAAGAACGAUGCUGCUAAGAAUCCUGAUAAGAAGAAGGAGAUUGAGAAGUUGCUGAAUCCCAUCUCUACUUCUGUGUUUGAAAGCCUGGUUAAUUCUGGUAAGAUGAUUACUGACUAUCAAGAGCUUGGUGAGGCUGUCCCGUCCGCCAAUGGGGAUGGUCUUGAUAAUGAAGUGGGUGUUGCGGUGGAGUUUGAGGAGAAUGACGACGAUGAUGAUGAAAGUGAUUAUGGUUCAGUGCCAGAUGAUGAUGAAGAGGAUGAAGAUCUUGCUGAAUCCGGUUCAGCAGGUGCUAUGCAAAUGGGCGGGAUUGGUGAUGAAGAUAUGCCUGAUGCGGAUGAGGCUAUGAACCUUAAUGUUCAGGACAUUGAUGCGUAUUGGCUUCAGAGGAAGAUUUCUCAUGCAUAUGAUCAGCAGCUUGAUGCACAACAGUGCCAGAAUCUCGCUGAAGAAGCUCUCAAGUUACUUGCCGAAGGAGAGGAUAGGGAGAUUGAGAAUGCACUUUUGAACCGCCUUGACUAUGAUAGGUUCAACCUCGUCAGAUUCCUUGUACGAAACAGGCGGAAAAUUGUGUGGUGUACUCGUCUGGCUCGUGCUGAAGAUCAGGAAGAGCGGAAAAGAAUUGAAGAAGAAAUGAUGGAAUCUGGUGCAGAUUCGGUAGCCAUCCUAGAGCAGCUGCAUGCCACCAGGGCUACUGCGAAGGAGAGGCAGAAGAAUUUGGAGAAGAGUAUAAGAGAGGAAGCUCGCCGUUUGAAGGAUGAAAAUGUUGUUGAUGGGGACCGGGGUCGAAGAGGAUUGACCGACAGAGAUGCUGAUAGUGGUUGGCUGAAUGGUCAGCGCCAAGUGCUUGAUCUGGAUAGCCUUGCUUUUCAACAGGGUGGUCGUUUCAUGGCGAAUAAGAAAACAACACUGCCAGAUGGAUCCUUCCGGACUCCGGCUAAAGGAUAUGAGGAAGUUCAUAUUCCUGCAUUGAAGCCCAAACCCCUUGAGAAGGGUGAAGAACUUGUGAAGAUAUCUGCAAUACCAGAUUGGGCGCAACCAGCUUUCGAGGGAAUGACACAGCUAAAUAGGGUGCAGAGUAAAGUUUAUCAAACUGCGCUCUUUUCAGCUGAAAACAUACUUCUCUGUGCUCCCACUGGUGCGGGGAAGACUAAUGUUGCUGUCCUUACCAUAAUGCAGCAGAUCGCGUUGAAUAGGGCAUCAGAUGGAUCAUUUGACCACAGCAGUUAUAAGAUUGUAUAUGUGGCUCCGAUGAAAGCUCUUGUGGCUGAAGUGGUUGGCAAUCUGUCAAAUCGGUUGCAGCAUUAUGGUGUGAACGUGAAAGAGCUGAGUGGAGAUCAGACAUUAACGCGGCAACAGAUAGAUGAAACUCAGAUAAUUGUUACAACUCCUGAGAAAUGGGAUAUCAUAACAAGGAAGUCAGGUGAUAGAACAUAUACUCAGCUUGUCAAACUUCUCAUUAUUGAUGAGAUACAUCUGCUCCAUGACAACAGAGGCCCUGUGCUGGAAAGUAUAGUUGCGAGGACUGUAAGGCAAAUUGAAACAACAAAAGAGAACAUUCGAUUAGUCGGAUUAUCAGCCACCCUUCCUAACUAUGAGGAUGUGGCAUUAUUCUUGAGGGUUGACGUAGAAAAGGGGCUAUUCUACUUUGACAACAGCUAUAGACCUUGCCCACUUGCACAACAGUAUAUUGGAAUUAAUGUGAAAAAGCCGCUGCAGAGGUUCCAGUUGAUGAAUGAGAUUUGCUAUGAGAAGGUGAUGGCUGUGGCUGGAAAACACCAAGUUCUCGUUUUUGUCCACUCAAGGAAAGAGACAGCAAAGACUGCUCGUGCAAUAAGGGAUUUAGCUUUGGCUAAUGAUACCCUUGGUAGAUUUUUGAAAGAGGACAGUGCUAGUCGUGAAAUCCUUCACGAUCACACUGAUCUGGUCAAGAAUAAUGAUCUCAAAGACCUCUUACCGUACGGCUUCGCAAUUCAUAAUGCUGGGAUGGCAAGGGCUGAUCGCCAGCUUGUGGAGGAGCUGUUUGGUGAUGGUCAUGUGCAAGUCUUAGUUUCUACAGCAACCCUUGCUUGGGGAGUAAAUUUGCCUGCACACACUGUGAUUAUUAAAGGAACCCAGAUUUAUAAUCCCGAAAAGGGAGCUUGGACGGAGUUGAGUCCUCUGGAUGUCAUGCAGAUGCUUGGUCGUGCUGGUAGACCACAGUAUGAUACGUAUGGGGAGGGGAUAAUCAUUACUGGCCAUACUGAAUUGCAAUUCUAUCUUUCUUUGAUGAAUCAGCAGCUUCCUAUUGAAAGUCAGUUUAUCUCAAGGUUGGCUGAUCAGUUAAAUGCAGAAAUUGUUCUUGGUACUGUGCAAAAUGCCAGAGAAGCCCUCAAUUGGAUCGGUUACACUUAUCUUUACAUUCGAAUGCUGCGUAAUCCAACUUUGUAUGGCUUAGCACCUGAUGUGCUCGACAAGGAUCUUACACUGGAAGAGAGGAGAGCUGACCUGAUUCAUUCUGCGGCAACUAUUUUGGACAAAAAUAACUUGGUAAAAUAUGAUCGUAAGAGUGGUUACUUCCAGGUCACUGACUUGGGAAGGAUUGCGAGUUAUUAUUACAUUACACAUGGGACAAUAUGCACUUACAAUGAGCACUUGAAGCCAACCAUGGGUGACAUUGAACUCUGUCGGUUAUUCUCCCUCAGUGAGGAGUUUAAAUAUGUUACAGUAAGGCAAGAUGAGAAGGUGGAACUAGCUAAGCUUUUGGAUCGGGUUCCGAUUCCUAUCAAAGAGAGCUUGGAAGAGCCUAGUGCUAAGAUAAAUGUUUUACUUCAAGCAUAUAUUUCACAGUUGAAGCUUGAAGGCCUGUCUCUAACAUCAGACAUGGUUUAUAUAACACAGAGCGCAGCACGUCUCAUAAGAGCACUUUUUGAGAUAGUCUUGAAAAGAGGAUGGGCCCAAUUGGCAGAGAAGGCAUUGAACUUGUGCAAAAUGGUUCAGAAGAGGAUGUGGAGCGUCCAGACACCACUUCGUCAGUUCACUGGCAUUUCUCAUGACACCCUAAUGAAAUUGGAGAAGAAGGAACUGGCCUGGGAAAGGUACUAUGAUCUUUCCUCUCAAGAACUUGGAGAACUUAUAAGACAACCGAAGAUGGGAAGGACUCUUCAUAAGUUCAUCCAUCAGUUUCCAAAGCUUAACCUUGCAGCACAUGUACAACCAAUUACCCGUUCUGUUUUGGGCGUGGAACUUACAAUUACACCUGACUUCCAGUGGGAUGACAAGAUUCAUGGAUAUGUGGAACCUUUUUGGGUUAUUGUGGAGGAUAAUGAUGGUGAAUACAUUCUUCAUCAUGAGUACUUCAUGUUGAAGAAGCAGUAUAUUGAUGAGGAUCAUACCCUGAAUUUCACUGUGCCAAUUUCCGAGCCUUUGCCGCCACAAUAUUUUAUUCUUCUUGUUUCUGAUAGAUGGUUGGGAUCUCAGACCGUUCUGCCCGUUUCUUUCAGGCAUCUUAUUUUGCCUGAGAAGUAUCCUCCACCAACAGAGUUGUUGGACUUGCAACCUUUACCUGUGACUGCAUUGAGAAAUCCUUCUUACGAAUCUCUGUAUCAGGAAUUCAGGCACUUCAAUCCUGUUCAGACUCAGGUUUUCACAGUUCUGUACAACACAGAUGAUAAUGUUCUAGUUGCAGCACCAACUGGUAGUGGAAAGACCAUAUGCGCUGAGUUUGCGAUCUUGCGGAAUCACCAAAAAGGUCCUGAUAGUGUAAUGCGUGUUGUCUAUAUAGCACCCAUUGAAGCUCUUGCGAAGGAACGCUAUCGUGAUUGGGAGAGGAAAUUUGCAAGAGGUCUUGAUUUGAGAGUGGUGGAACUUACAGGUGAGACAGCAACAGACUUGAAGUUACUUGAGAAAGGGCAGAUAAUUAUAAGUACUCCUGAGAAAUGGGACGCUUUGUCUCGGCGCUGGAAACAAAGAAAAUAUGUUCAGCAAGUCAGCCUUUUCAUCAUUGAUGAGCUCCACCUAAUUGGUGGUCAAGGCGGCCCCGUGUUGGAGGUGAUUGUCUCAAGGAUGAGAUACAUAGCUAGUCAAGUGGAGAACAAGAUCCGGAUUGUGGCUUUAUCAACUUCUCUUGCUAAUGCCAAGGAUCUUGGUGAAUGGAUAGGUGCUACAUCUCAUGGUCUGUUCAAUUUCCCACCUGGUGUUCGUCCGGUGCCUUUGGAGAUUCACAUUCAGGGAGUAGAUAUUGCUAAUUUUGAGGCAAGAAUGCAGGCUAUGACCAAGCCAACCUACACUGCUAUUUCCCUUCAUGCUAAGAAUGGGAAACCUGCUAUAGUAUAUGUUCCAACUAGGAAGCAUGCCUCACUCACUGCUGUUGAUCUUGUUACAUAUGCUAGUGCAGACAGUGGAGAGAAGCCAAUAUUUUUGCUGCAUUCGUUGGAGGAGUUGCAGCCUUUUACUGAUAAGAUAAAAGAUUCUACGCUAAAGACCACACUUGGCUAUGGUGUGGGCUUUUUGCAUGAAGGGCUGAUUAGCACUGAUAAAGAGAUCGUAUCACAGUUAUUCGAAGCUGGAUGGAUUCAAGUUUGUGUUAUGACAAGUUCAAUGUGUUGGGGAGUGCCUCUGUUGGCUCACUUAGUGGUUGUCAUGGGAACCCAGUACUAUGAUGGGAAAGAAAAUGCUCAUACUGACUAUCCAGUGACUGAUCUGUUGCAGAUGAUGGGUCAUGCUAGUAGGCCUUUGGUUGAUAAGUCUGGGAAGUGUGUUAUCCUCUGCCAUGCUCCACGAAAGGAAUACUACAAGAAGUUCUUGUAUGAAGCAUUUCCUGUAGAAAGCCAUUUACACCACUUUAUACAUGAUAAUCUGAAUGCGGAAAUUGUAGUUGGAGUAAUCGAGAAUAAGCAAGAUGCUGUGGAUUAUCUUACAUGGACGUUCAUGUACAGGAGGCUCGCUCAGAAUCCUAAUUACUACAAUCUCCAGGGUGUGAGCCAUAGGCAUUUAUCAGAUUAUCUCUCGGAGCUUGUCGAAAACACACUGAGUGAUCUUGAGGCAAGUAAAUGUGUGGCCAUUGAAGAUGACAUGGAUCUCUCUCCUUUGAACCUUGGCAUGAUUGCAUCAUAUUACUACAUCAGUUACACUACGAUCGAGCGUUUUAGUUCUUCCUUGACUUCCAAAACAAAGUUGAAGGGUCUCCUCGAGAUUCUUGCUUCAGCGUCAGAGUAUUCGCAACUUCCAGUACGACCCGGGGAGGACGAUGUGAUCCGAAAGAUGAUCCACCACCAAAGAUUUUCUUUUGAAAAUCCGAAAUACACAGAUCCACAUGUUAAAGCAAAUGUGCUACUGCAAGCCCACUUUUCAAGGCAUCCGCUUGGUGGUAAUUUGGCUGCUGAUCAGCGUGAAGUGCUUCUUUCAGCCAGUAGAUUGCUUCAGGCUAUGGUUGAUGUUAUUUCCAGCAAUGGGUGGCUAAAUCUUGCUCUUCUUGCUAUGGAGGUAAGCCAGAUGGUGACACAGGGUAUGUGGGAGCGAGAUUCCAUGCUAUUGCAGCUGCCACAUUUUUCAAAGGAGUUAGCUAAGAGAUGCCAAGAAAACCCGGACAAGCCCAUUGAGACUGUAUUUGACCUGGUGGAGAUGGAGGACAACGAGAGGCGGGAGCUUCUGCAGAUGUCUGAUUCACAGUUGCUGGAUAUAGCGCGUUUUUGUAAUCGUUUCCCAAACAUUGAUAUGACUUAUGAGGUGGUCGAAAGCGAUAACAUAGGUGCUGGUGAUGAUGUUACAUUGGUGGUUACUCUCGAACGAGAUCUCGAAGGGAGGUCAGAAGUAGGCCCUGUUGAUGCUCUUAGAUACCCUAAAGCAAAAGAAGAAGGCUGGUGGUUGGUAGUGGGUGACACUAAGAGCAACCAGCUCUUAGCUAUCAAGAGGGUAACGUUGCAAAGGAAAUCAAAAGUCAAGCUGGAUUUUGUGGCACCUGCUGAAGUUGGAAAGAAGACUUAUACUUUGUAUUACAUGUGUGAUUCAUAUUUGGGAUGCGAUCAGGAGUAUACCUUUGGAAUUGAUGUCAAAGAUGCUGGAGCACCUGACGAUGACAGUGGAAAGGAGUGAUGAUGCAUUUAUUACAAUGGCUGUCUGAGCAGCAUGUGGCUGAUCAUCCUGUCAAUAUUAGGAUAGCCUGCCUCUUUUAUAGAAUCACUUAGUAUGUCUCUUUUCGAAUAUUUUGUAGCUUAUUUCAUGAUUUUGCUCGAUUAAGUUUUUUCCGAGGUAUGCUGGUGCUCAUCAGAUUCUCUUUAAACUUGUGAUUAUUGUGUUUUCAGGGACAUGCUGCAUAUUUGCUGCAUUGUAAGUCUAAAAUACAGACGCAGUUGCUAUAUUGGCUGCAUUAUAACUCUAAGCUCUGGCGACGGCAGUGCUCUAAAGUUAAACACCCUCAUAUAUGUUCACAGAUAAUGACAAAAACACUACUGUUUCUUCAUGGCUCCCAAAUUUGGUAAUGUUAAGUCAUUUACCUUAAUGUUUUGUUUGCUUUCUUCUUUUGCAUUUUCUUAACACAAGUCUCCUUUAUUUUGCUGUCUUAUUUCUUCAUUCGAGUUAUGUUUUUUUCUACGGGAAUCAACUUCUAAGUGUUAUGGCUAUGUCAAAAGGAGAACUGAAUCGGUGAAUUUUUUUGGCUUACUGAGUUGUAAGUAUCACCAUUUGUACAGCACCUCCCUUGAGAGCUUUCUCAUUUGCUAUUUGCAUGGCUCCAUGAACCUACAUCUAAUUUCUAUAACUUAUAUGAUAAAUCGAAUGUAUACAUUGACAUAAAUCUAACAAAAUUAAUGCAUUAUUGAAGUUUUUAUAUUAAAUGAUGGUAACAAUUUGCUGUUAAAGUUUAUAAGAUUUGACUUUGGAACAACCAUUAGGGAAGUCUAUUGAGGGACAGAGAGAUUGGUUUAACUUACCAAUUAUAAUCUUGACCAGAUUUUGCUGUGAACCUGAGAUUGAAGAAGAAUACGGCUAACACCAAACUCUUCUGUGGUUAAAAGAGGAACGGAUUGGGGGCCCACACAAAUGCAAUUACUAAAAUACCCUUGUAUCAUCAUAUUUGGUACAAAUAAUUUUGGUAUUUAUCCUAUAUUUAUUGAAGCAUACAUGAUGAAUUAGUUAUGUAGUGUUAGUUUGCUUUUCUAGGGUGUAAUUUGAGUUUUAUUUAAUGUAAAUUUUUUCGAUGUUCAAAGAAAAAGAGUAUGUGGUUGUGUAUUGUUGUC